CCCUUGAAAACUGUGCUUGAGCAACCCUUCUCGAGUUUUAUCCAUCCUGAUGAGAAACAGGAAUAUGCAAGAUUUUCAAUUGGACUUUUGACGUAUCCAGGUGUGACUAGCCGCCCUGUACCUGUGUCUGCUUCUCGACUCCAUCAAGUUUCUAUGUCCGAGUUGACAGGUCGACUCUCAGGGGCUGCAGUGCACACCCACAUUUUCCGCUUGAGAAGUGCAAGCAACAGCUGGAUACCCUUCAAAUUUGAAGGAUACCUUGGCUCUGGUUUUGGCGCACAUCCUUCGAACCCAGAAACACUUCGGUACACAUACGUGGUUCUUAGGCUUUCCCCUGUUGGACAUAUGUCAAGGAAUGACAUUCGUAGCCCUUCCUCGAGCAAUUCCUCCUCCCACAGCAUCACCGAUUCAAGACGAGAGGGAUCUGUUGGUAUGAGCUAUUACGGACAGGGAUCCAGUAGCUCACGGUCCACUUCUCGCGCACGUGAUCAUAUGAGCAAUCGGCAAUCGCUUGGUGGAUAUUAUGACCCUGCGUAUGACAACUAUCGACCACCUUCACGCUCUGGCUUUUGCUGA